AAACCUCUUGAAAACAAGGCCUGGUGCUGUUAGAAGACCUGCUACUUUUUACCACUCCUGUGAUGCAUUAAGACUAUUUUCAUUCCCAGGCUGCACUUUGACCUUUGGGAAAGUCAAGAGAAUUUUUGGGAAGCUGGUUACGAAUUUGCAGGUUUGUUUCCUCUUUCCUGCUGGCGUCACAGCUGUGCUCGAGGAGGCUUCAUUUCUAUUCUGGCACGUUCGCCUCGCUCGGUGCCAGCCCUGUUGUUCUUUGGACCGUCAACUGUGGUGUGGUCAUGGACUUCCUGUGUUGGAGAGUUGCCAGGCUGCUGCUGUUCCUGUUCCCCCGUGGUCUCCAGGGCGUGUCCGUGUACAUCUCCAGCAAGGAUCCAGUGUACGUCAUCCCGGGAAGCACCCUCCUCCUGCGGGCCCACCUGGAGUUGGGGCCCCUGGAAGCCGUGUCAGAGGUCACGUGGGAGCGGGAGCCCGAGAGCGGCGCCCCCGAUGGGAGGGUGAGGCUGGCGGCGUGCCCGGGAGGAAGCCUCCAGUGCGCUGGCAUCAAGGCGAAGGUGCGCGUGAGUCUGGAAGGUCAGGAGAGCGUCCUUCACCUGAGCGACUACAGCAGAGAGGACCACGGCGUGUACGCAGUGACCGUGACCGACCACCAGGGGGCCAGGAGCACUGCAAGAUGCAUGGUCAGAGAAUAUGAGCCCGUGCAUCACGUGACGGUCAGCAUCAACGCCUCUCACUCCUUGCUGGUGUGCGGCGAGGCGUGGGGGACGGAGCCCCACUUCAGUUGGCUGCACGAGAGGGCGGCCGUCACCCAGAGCGUGGGGAGGCUGUCGGAGGACGGCAGCAGGCUGCUGGUCACCAAGGUGCCGCUCUGCGGACACUUCACCUGCAUCGUCAGCAACCAGCUGGGCUACAGCGCCGCCACCUACACGGCCGCUCCGUGUGAGGCCGCCGGAGUGAGCGCGACGACGGCGGCCGUGUGUUGUCUCAUCGGCCUGCAGGUGCUCGGUGGAGGCCUCGCCUUCCUCAUGUGGAGGAGGAGGAAGAAGAACAGAGGAGAGAGACUCCGCGAAGAACCAAUUUAAAACAUUUCUAGCCGCCAUUACUGCGCUCAGGGCGGAAAAAGGAGGAGGAAGCGGGACUUUUCCCGCCUAAAUACACCGUGGAUAGUGACGUCACACUGCCCCCUGCUGGGCAACGCUUGGCACUGCACUAUGUUGAAUACAACUGUAUAAUAAAUACAUGCACAUACUUAAGAAAAA